CCUGGGUGGGCUAAUGCCCGUCAAAAAAAAAAAAAAAAAAAAACGUAAGUUCCCGCUAUAAUUCUCCAAAACGGUGUUCGCCAACACUAACGGUGCUUCCGACUUCACAUCGUCAUGGCGCUCGUUGCCAACUGUGUAUAAAUUGGUUUGUUCAAUCAAACAACCUAUCUUUAUAAGCUGAAAAAGUAUGUUAUGAUAUAAUUACACUAAUUUGUAAUAUAUUUUGAAAGAGUAUUUAUCUUUAGAUUUCAGAUUUCAAUGUUUUUACUCAGUAUGUGGGAGAUGAUGUAGCUCACGCCGGUAAUGGUUGACAAGAUCAUUGUGCGUAGUGGGAAGACACCAUCAUAAGUCGACUCGUGGGUGAGUCGUGGGGUGGGUGACGUUAGUACAGUGGCGUAGGCAGUGUAAUGGCGACCAGACUUCACAGAGUGCGGGCUCCUUUGGCCUUCAUAGCAGUAAUAUUUACCUCGUCAGCAUUAAUAUCACGGAGGGUUUUUCAUGUGACCAAAAGCGGCGCAGGUGUGGAAGUUAGCUUGCAAGAUCAGCCACAUACGGUAAAAAAGGGGAAGGUUGGGGGUGGUAGUAGCGCAGUGGAGGGUGAAGGUGCUGCUGCUAGUGUUACCCAGGUGCUAAUACUCAGUUCCCUACCCCGUAGUGGUUCCACACUGGUGGCCGAGCUCCUAGCCACACACCACAACUCCGUCCUCUUCUUCGAGCCUCUCUCUAACCCUCAAAUGAAGCCUUGCCUCCUGAACGGUACUUGUGUUAAGGAAUAUAUAUCCAGCAUCUUUAAGUGUACUUAUGAACGAAACUUCGAAAACUGGCUGAAAGGAAAAGGCCUUUUCUUAAAAUAUUUCCACUCUAGUGUGAGCCGAUGCUUCGGGAGACCGAAGGAAGGAGGGGGUGCAUGUAGACGAAAACUGGAUCUCCGAAGUUUGUGCCAAAAUGCAAGCAUCAGGAUAGUGAAAGUGAUUAGAUCUCGACUUUCGUGGCUAGAAGGUCUCUUAAAUGACACUUCUCUCAAAAUCAAAAUUAUCCAUUUAGUCCGUGAUCCGAGGGGGUCAUUAACCUCCAUAAAAAAUCUUGGUUGGAACAGUAAACCUUCUAUCAGGUGUUCUGCACUUCAAGAUGACAUGUGCAGAUAUAAUAACUUGCUCAAAAAGUAUCCGGCCAAACUAACCAGGUUACGGCUAGAGAGACUAUCGAUGGAUCCCUACGGUACAGUGAGUGAUAUUUAUGCUUUCCUGUAUGACGGGGCGACCCUUAGUAAGGUAACCCUACAGUUCCUGAUGGAACACAUGAGUGCCACCGACACACAGCCCUCUGGUGACAAUAUGGACACCCAAAAGAAUAGUCUGAAAGAGUAUCAGUCCUGGCGGUGGAAGAUCACGAGUGAACUACUGAAAGAGACAGAGAAAGAGCCUGCCUGUCGCGCCACCAUCACUCAGCUGGGACACGUGCUCUUCGGUUCACUCCACAAUGCUAGGAACUCUAGCAUUGCUCUCACCGCACAUUACAAGACGGCGAAGAAUUUCUUGUAAAAUAGUCAUGACAUGAAAAUCAAUUGUAGUGUUUUCGUGAUUGUACACACGAUCAAAAAAGUAUCUGGACGUCGGGAUGGUUUCCUAAAUGAUCAAUACACUUCCGCCGCAACAUACAUGAACCACGUUACGCUUGUUCGCAAGAUUAAAUCUAUGUUUUAUUAUAAAUGUGCAUAUUAUAAUACUAUGGUUAAGGCAGGAAGUAUCGCAAGCAAGUGAUGUAUGGCAUUUUGCAUUAUCCACCGUCUAUUGUCAUUGUUUCGCGCGAUAUGUGCCUAGAUACACUUGAUCGUGUGUACUACAGUAGCUAAAACAACUAUCUGUGCAGGUGGUAGUCGAUAUGCUCCUUAAUUUUACGUGUGACUUGUGACAGCCGUCAUAUACCAAUAUUUAUCGUCCAUGGUCUCUCAUUGUUUCCCACAAAGUAUGCACAGGUAGUUGUUUUAGCUACUGUACAUGAAGCUUGUACCAAUAUAUUAAAGGACCUUCCUGGAAAGCACCUGACUGCUUUGUCAGCAAUCCUUAAGUCAAAUUGCUAUACUGUUUACCAUUGUCGUUUACCUGUACUGUCUCGCCAAGUCCUACGGCCCUACAUUCACCAUAUACCUACACCGUCUAUAUUCAUGUGCUGAACUGUUAUAACUGCAUAGUUUAUAAAUAUGUUUAUGCUGUAGUGGAUAUUCUCCCCUACAACUGCCGAUUGGUCACUUGCCGUCCACUUACCAGCCAACCAGCGGCGAGUUCCGCAAAUCAGCCCUGCGUUCUAACUACAAGGUGGUUGGUCAGUUGCCGCCUUCAUCUUGGCCAAUCGGCAGUAUUUCGAUUCUUGAUUCUUGUAUGUGAGCCGAACAGAAAUUAGACAACUGGCCACAUUCACUACGUUACAAUGCAAUUGUAAACCUGUUUGACAUCUUGACUUGAUAAAUAUUAUUAUUAUUGUUACAUGUCCAAAGAAAAUAUUGUUUCUAAUAAAGAUUUUCACAAUUAUAA